AUGUUCCUGCCCUCAGGGAGUGGCCAGCAGGCUCUGCACCCUCUCAAACCAGCCCCAUGGGCCGAUCUGAAAGUUGGCGGACCGCGCCGCCUGCUGCUGCUGUGCAGCCAGCGCCUGGACAAGGAGCGGCAGCAGCUGCCGGUUUGGUCGGCUCGGGAGCGGCUGGUGGAGCUGGUCCGCGACAACCAGGUGCUGGUCGUGAUUGGAGAGACAGGGUCCGGCAAGACCACCCAGAUCCCUCGCUUCCUGUACGAUGCCGGCCUCGCCAAGGGCGGAGCAGUCGCCUGCACCCAGCCGCGCCGCGUGGCGGCGGUGACAGUGGCGCAGCGGGUGGCCGAUGAGAUGGGCACUGACCUGGGGGCCAAGGUCGGCUACUCCAUCCGCUUUGACGACCGCACCAGCGGCGCCACGCGCAUCAAGUACCUCACAGACGGCAUGCUGCUGCGGGAGGCGCUGGUGGACCCGCUGCUGCAGCGCUACAAGGUGGUGGUGCUGGACGAGGCGCACGAGCGCACGGUGGCCACCGACGUGCUGUUUGGGCUGCUCAAGGCGGUGUGCCGGCAGCGCCCGGCCGACUUCCGCCUUGUGGUCAUGAGCGCCACGCUGGACGCCGCCGCCUUCACGCGCUACUUUGAGGGCGCGCAGGCCGCCUACGUGGAGGGCCGCCAGUUCCCUGUGCAGGUGAUGUACACGGCGGUAUCGGAGGACAGCUACCAGGAUGCCGCCAUCACGGCGGCGCUGCAGGUGCACUGCGAGGAGGGCCCCGGCGACAUCCUGGUGUUCCUGACGGGCCAGGACGAGAUCGAGUCGUGCGAGCGGCUGAUCAGCGAGGCGGCGGCGGCGCUGCCGCCCGACCCCGACCGCCCGCAGCUGGCGGUGCUGCCCAUGUAUGCGGCGCUGCCGCCGGAGGCGCAGCUGAGGGUGUUCCAGCCUGCGCCGCCCAACACGCGCAAGGUCAUCCUGUCCACCAACAUCGCCGAGACCUCCAUCACCAUCUCAGGCGUGCGCUACGUCAUCGACACCGGCUUUGUCAAGUCGCGCAGCUACAGCCCGCGCCUGGGAGCAGACUGCCUGCAGGUGACCCCUGUGUCGCAGGCGCAGGCGCGGCAGCGCAGCGGGCGCGCGGGCCGGGAGGCCCCCGGCAAGGCCUUCCGCCUCUACACCGAGGCCUCCUUCCAGCAGCUGCCCCCCACCACGCUGCCCGAGAUCCAGCGCACCAACCUGGCGUCCGUGCCACACCUGCCUGCCCCUGCCUGCCCCCUGCAGCUCAAGGCGCUGGGCGUGGCCGACGUGGUGGGCUUUGACUUCAUGGACCCGCCACCCCGCGCCGCCCUGCUGCGCUCGCUGGAGCUGCUGCUGGCGCUGGGGGCGCUGGACGCGCGGGGGGACCUCACGCAGCCCGUGGGCGCCCAGCUGGCGCGGCUGCCGGUGGAGCCCAUGUACGGCAAGGUGCUGCUGGCCAGCGGGGAGAUGGGGUGCAGCGUGGAGGCGGUGGCCGUGGUGGCCAUGGUGUCCACAGACGUCGUCUUCCACCUGCCCAGGGGCAAGAGGGAGGAGGCGGUGGAGGCGCAUCAGCAGUUCCGGUGCCGCGAGGGCGACCACCUCACCCUGCUGGCCGUGUUCCGGGCGUACAGCGACGUGAGCAGGAAGGGGCACGAGCGGUCGCACUGGUGCCGCGCCCACUUUGUCAACCCGCGGGCCAUGCGCAAAGCGAUGGACAUACACUCGCAGCUCAAGGAGCACCUGCAGGCGCUUGGCAUCCCGCUGGUUUCGUGCGGCGAGGACACGCGGGUGCUGCGGCGCGCCCUGGUGGCGGGCCUCUUCCCGCAUGCCGCCAGGCGGCAGCUGGACGGGAGCUACAAGGUGAUUGCCAGCGGGCAGGCGGUGGCCAUCCACCCCUCCUCCGUGCUGCGCGCCCAGAACGCCAAGCCCGAGUGCAUCGUGUUCAACGAGCUGGUGCGCACCACCAGGCAGUACGCGCGGGACGCAGUGGUGGUGGAGCCCAGCUGGCUGCCCGAGCUGGCGCCGGCCUACUUUGCCAGGCAGCACGCCAACCAGCAGCACAAUGGCGGCGCCUAGCACGAGCGCCGCUGCCGAGCCGCCGCGUGCGUGCAUUUAUUGACGGCAGCAGCAGGCUUGUAAUGAUUCGACAGGGC